AUGCAAAGUCUCGAUACUUUGCACGAGAAAAUGGAGAAGGGCGUGAGAGCACAGCAUCGGACGCUGCAAAUGCCGGACCCGACACCGCUUAUAGAGGCAUGGUUCAGGGAGACAAGCUUUGAAGUUGGAGGAUUGGUGAAAGGCCGAGAAGACGUGUUUGUGAGACAUGAUAAAGCUGCGGCAAAGCCCAUUUGACGGCUUACAUCCAAUCUAUUCUUAUUGGUCAGACAACCGCUGGCGAGUUGUUUGACUUCAAAUUCUACGAUCGCGACUUGAGUCUCCAAGAAGCUCAACUCGACUAUUACACCGGCACCGAAUACAGCGUGCCGUCCAUGCCCGGCAGCCCCCAGGCGCCCAUCUCACAAGUCAGAGCCAACAUAAUGAAGUAUUUGAAGACACACAGUACGUGUUUGGGCAAAAAUCAAUAACCUGCGAGAAAGACAGGCGUGAGAGAAGGCAUGUGUUUGUGCACAGCCUACACAGCCUACGAGUGCCACUUCCCAUCCACAGUCGAGGCCAACAGCAGCACCAACUACGCGUGCACCGAUUACCGGACAACAGAGACGGGAGAGUACUUUGGUGUCCAGCCACAGGACUUCCUGGUAAGUGUACGGAUCGAACGAAGAGUCCCUCUGUGAAGCCGAUUCAUUUUCGUUUCUCGUUUCUGAUCUGUUGUGUCUCAGGGCGAGAGUGUGUACGCCGACUUUCUGCGCGUGUUUGAUUCAAUGAUUAUCAAGAGAGGCGCCUCAAGCGAUAUCCGCUUUACGCGCGACUGGAUAGAUAUACAGACACGGUGAGAUGCUGAAUAAUCCAUACGCGUAAAGACGGACCGCUAGUCUGCCCGCCGGGUCUCAGUUUGUGUGCUGUGUGUGUAUGAUAGGGAAGUGAAUAUAAUCUCCAGGUAUCCAACCCAGCCACGCCAUCAUCUCUCUCUCUCUCUCUCUUUGUGUGCGUGUGCGUGUAUAUAUAUGUGUGUGUGUGUGUGUCAGCUUCUGCACACCGACACUGAGGAUCGGCACCCUCAUGAAAAUCUCCUUUCUUAUGGUCAGUGGGGGCGGGGUGGCCUGGGGGGCAGCACCGACGAAGGGUGAAUUGUCUCUUUGUGUGUGCGUUGGUGUGUACGCUGUGUGCAGGAGCAGGAGCGGGUCCAAGGAUCUUUCACCCUCGACAGCGUCCACUCGGUGUUACACAUACGCAGACACACUUACGAGGCUCUGGAUGACUAUGUCUCUGUGCGUGUGCAUGGUUGUACAGAUGGGAGACACUGAGGACAUUCUCUUUCAAGUCUUGAUGUAUACCGUCGCACUCCUCGUCCUCGCCAGACUCGCCGCUUCCUUCUACAGGUACAUAUUGAAGUGCGCAGCACACAGGCUUAAGUGUGGUCAUCGGUUUUCUCUCAGGGUUUUCUUUCGGAAGAAGAGCUUCUCCAACAAGAUCGGCAUCUCGAGGUUCUGGUGCCUUGUGGAUCUUUUGCUGGGCUGUAUCAUUAUGCUUGCCGUCGGCUUUAUGAUUAUGAGGCGGGUGACGUUUGAGGGCGAAGACUUUUAACCUCUACUUCAGCGAGAUUCUCGAGGUAUCGCGUGUCCAUGAGUGGGUCGAAGCCUGGUUGACCGGCGUUCCUGCCUUCUGUCAGAUCCCGUGGACUUCCGAGACCAUCGCGCCGAGCGAGAAAUUCGCAAUGUUCUUCGACGCUCUCCAGGAUAUCUCCCGUCAUAUCAAUGUCUUGUUCUACUCCAACACACUUGUGGCCAUCGUGUUCUACCUCUACUUCGCAAGAAUCGUUAUCUACAUGUACGACACACAGGGAGAGGGGCGGGGAGAGAUCGAGACAUUCUGCGUGGUCGCUGCGGACUGCAUGAGUGUGUCUCUUACCCAUAUAUGCAGGUCAGCUCAUCCGCGCGUUGCCGUCCUGGUUCGAACCUGUGUGCUGGCCGGAAACGAUCUGUUCCACUUUCUCCUGACGUUUAUCAUACUCUACGUGAUCCUCGCGUUCAUCGGAUAUUUUCAAUUCGGUGCGAGUUUUUAUGUCUUCUCCACGUUUCAAGAGAGCCUGAUGACGCAAUUCAAGAUGCUCGUCGGCUCUUGGUAGGCGUGCGUCCCUAUCAUACGUGUGUGGGAGUUGCGCACGUUGCUGUCACGCUCACACGUGUGACCGAUGUCAGGCCAGAGGAGAUUACCAACACAGGAGAGAAUUCCGCGCUCAUCAUCUAUUUCGUCAUCUUUGCGCUGGUGGUGGUUUUCAUUCUGGUAGGUGGUCAUCAUGACUGAAGGUGAUGAUCCCACAUGCAUCAAUGCUGGUGGUCAUCAGAUGAAUUUCUUCGUGGCGAUCAUUAUCGAAAAAUAUGAGACGGCCAAGUGAGUGGGUGCGUGUGGGUAUGGACACAGCGACAGAGGUGGCCGGAUUGCCAUGUGUGAUGGAUGGGUAUUGCCACGUGUGCAGGUACCAGCUUGAAGAAAUGGCGUGCGAGGUCAACAACAUUCUCGUCGAUAGGUGGGUGAAUUGGCGUGUGUGUGUACUUCCGCUGUGAGGAAUUUCCGUGUGUCUCUGUGUCUCCCUGCAGCUACGACCUGAUCAUUCAGACCGUCGCGAGCACGACCUAUCGCUGGCCGCCGAGGACGGAAAUCAUAUCUGAGCUGGAAGGCAACACACACACACACACAGACGCAUACACACAUGGCGUCGCACACUCCCUCCGAUGUGUGUCUUGCGUGUUGUGUGUGGCAUGUGUGCCUGCCUGGGUGCAGAGAUGGAUUUCGAAGGCGACACAGUGAGCUACAGUGACUUCAAGGAUUAUACGUGCUUCAAGGACCGCCCGAAGAGGAGUGUCCAGGCCCUCUACAGCUACUACGCCUGGUACCAGCUGUCAUAUGCCCAUGGAUGUAUGUCUUUGUGUGUUUGCGUCCCUGUGUGUCUCUGUGCAUGUGUCGUGUCGACAGGAGGUUCACCUCAUUGCACGUCGACUACACGAGUUCCCUGCCUGCCGCAGUGGCCGCCAAGCUUCAGGACCCGGCCAUCUGCUGGGCGGUAAGUCCCAGAGUAAGAGUGCUUUUACUUUAAU